AUGCGACUGGUUCUCUGCGAUCCUGAUGCGAUUGUUAUCCCUCAAGCACUAAAGGGUAGAACUGAAGUACUUAAGCAUGGUAAAUGUACAGUUCUUAGAGCAAGUAGCAGGAAAGUGAGUAGCUUUGUUAGCAUGUGGAACAAUAACAGGGAACAAGCAAGGAGAACAGGAAUUCUGCUGUGCCAUUUUAAGCAAUCAAAUCAAAUUUGUAGUGAAGACAGGUGUGAAAAUGAAGGGACCAGUGGAGACGAAAAAAAUUUGGGAGACAAAAUUGGUGGCAUCGGAAAGAAGUACCUGGGAAACAAGAUCGAAAAUCUCCAAUAA